AUAUUACUUAUCGAGAUGGCUUAGCCAACUCAAAGAAAGUCCUUUAUUGCUUAUCAAAAAUGUAAUUCACAUCUAAAUGAAACUUUCCACACUUGUUAUGUUGCAAUCUUUUUAUUCUGCUGACCCCUCGAUGAUCUAGAAGAUAAAUGGCCAGUAGCUGUGGCGGUGGUUGGGAUGCAGCCUUCACCAGCAACAAGCCUUGCCCCAUGAUGUGUAUGUCACCGAGUUGUAAAGCGUAUCAGGAUUUGGCACCUAUCGACAUAUCAAAGAAGCCCAUCGUGUGGGUUCUGGGCGGACCAGGCUCGGGCAAGGGUACCCAGUGCGAGAAGAUCAUUGCCAAGUAUGGCUUCACGCACCUGUCCACCGGCGACCUGCUGCGGGCUGAGGUGAAGAGUGGCUCCGACAGGGCGAAGAGCCUCACAGCUAUUAUGGAACAAGGUGGUCUGGUCCCCAAUGACGUGGUGCUGGAGCUUCUGAAGGAGGCUAUCUUGGCGCGCCUGGCUGACUCCAAGGGAUUCCUGGUUGACGGCUACCCUCGUGAAAAGUCACAGGGCAUCGCCUUCGAGCAGACCAUCGCACCUGUCUCUGCCAUCAUCUACUUCGAGGCGUCAGCGGAGACUUUGACCAAGAGGCUGCUGGGCCGCGCCGCCAGCUCGGGCCGCGCCGACGACAACGAGGAGACCAUCAAGUUGCGGCUGCAGACCUUCCUCGACAACAACCAGCAGGUGCUGGACCAGUACCCCGACAAGAUCAGCAGGAUAAACGCGGAGUCCUCUGUGGACGCGAUCUUCGACGAGGUGCAGAAGGUUCUCGACCCCAUCGUGGCCGCCUAAGCGCACAACUAAACACUUUUUACACUGUACAUACUACCUUAUUCUACAUUAAUUUUAAUGACUGCUGAAUAAAUAUUAUGUUUUUAUUUUA